UUUGUGUGUGUGUGUGGAGGGUUUUUUGAGUGCGUGUGACUGUUUUUUUUUAACAUUUGAAUGCUGAGUGAAAUGUCAGUGUUUGAUGAUGAUGAUGAUAAUAAUGAUAUGUUGGCCAUUUUUAUUCAUUCAUACAUCCAUUCGAUUCAAAGCCAUCAUCAUUAUCCACAAUGUUUGCUCGAACAAUAAUCGUUACAUCAUUGGGUCUAGUAUUGGUGGCCACUUUGGGCCAACAUUCAAAAUCAUCAUCUAAUCAUCAUAGUAGUCGAUUAAAACGACAACAAAAUCGUGAAUCAAUAAUAGCGGUGACAAAUCGAUCAAAACAAACAUCAACAACAUCGACAACAACAUUAUCAUCAAUUAUGGUUGAUGCAGCACCAGCUGAAAAAUAUGUUUGUGAUUCAUCUGAAGAUAAAUUAAUCACCGAUAUUUGGACAUUAAAUAACAUCAUCUAUGUGAAUAUCGUACAUUAUAAAGAUGAUUCAACGAAUUCAAUUGAUAAUAGAAUAUUUGAAUUUGAUACAACACGUCGUCGUUUCACGAAUGUAUUUCAUUUUCCUACAAUGUCACCAUUAUAUACAAAUGUUGAUGGUGCUGCUGGUGGUUUUGGAAAUAGUUUUCUUAAAGAUAUAAUGGGAAAAUCAUUGUCAAAAUCCAACCAGUUUGGUGGUAAUAAUACAUCAUCACAAACACCGUCGAUUUUGUAUUUUUCCACACGUAAUCAACUUCGUUAUGGUUGUCAACAAAAAUGGCUUUACAUACCGCCUACAAGUCAAUUUUGUCGUUUUCAUCCAAUCGUUAAUUACUUGUUUCGGGUUGUGGCCAUUAUUGAUCCAUCGCCAACACAAUCGAAUCUUGCAUCAAAUAUUGAUGUUUAUCGUAUGAUCAACAUACGUUCGGAUGAUUUUUCAAUGUCCAUUAUACGGCCAGUGUUUAGUUCAGUCCGUAAUGAUCAUAAACGUGAUGUAUUGGAUCAAUAUAUCCAGAAUAGUAUAUUGACAUUAAAACUUCAUCAUCAGAAUCAACUUCAAUCUUUAGCACCAGAAUCAUUAUUGGAUCAUCAUAAUGUACGGUUUUUAUUCUCGAAUGGUCUUGGAUUGUUCAUAGCAUGGUAUCCAUCCACAAUGGCUACAUUUGAAUCAGAACUAUCAAUGAAUUGUGCCAUAAUGAUACCGAUAAAAAAUAAACCAUACAUCCAACUUUGUACACAACGUUAUAAUUUUGUUACAUUUGUUGAAUUGAAUGAAACAUUGUAUGCAGUGGUGGCUGAUAAUCAAGUAAUCAGCAUUGAAUUGGAAUACAUUCGAAAACAAUAUCGUAUUAUGAAUAAUUUGGUCAUUAAUAUUGAUCAAUGGAAAACGGAAAAUUUUUUUCAAUUAUUUUUCCAUUGUAAAUUUGCACCAUCAUCAAAACGUUUAUCGUUACAAUUUUAUCGUAAAAAUAAAACUGGUAUUGAAAGGCAGAAUAAUAAUAUGAUGAUGAUGAUGAUGGUGUUAUGACCACCGAAGACAAAGAUCAAAAGAUAAUGGAUAAAACUAUGGCGGACAUUCAACAUUUACAAUCCAAUGUUGAUGAUGACGAAGAUUCAAAUGUUCAUGAUGUUGAUGAAGAUCCAAUACUUGAUUAUAGACGAUGAUUUUUUUUGGUUUUAUCUACUUAUUUA